GAGCAGCAAAACGUUAACCCGGUUUUGGGGGUUUCAUUCAGCUACCAACGAACGUCACAGCUCGUCAAUUGGUAUUGGCACUUCAACACCAUCUUUUCCUUUCCGACCCGAAUCCUUCCUGCGACAGUUUAGCCAUGAACUUCCGGUAACCCGACUACCUCCCUCGAAGUCGUCGUACCUCGAUCUUAUCUCCACAGCGACGCUCUCCUGCAGCGCAGGGCUUUUUGCGCCUGUUGCGCCCGACGUCCCUGAAAUCUUGCCGGAACGAGAUAUGCCACCAUUGCAGUUACAACUGUCGUCAUGAGCGUGACAAACAUUGUGGAGGAAAUCGAAGAGGGGCUCCGGGAGCCCCAGAACUCUCGCGAUGCUCGUGUUGAGAAGCUCUGGGCGAGCCUCGAGCCUGAUCACACUGGUGAACUGGACCUAAAGGGUCUGCGGAAGGGGCUUCGAAGGAUUGACCAUCGUAAGCGAGAGCCCGCGCUGGCUCAAGCUUGGUAGAGAUACUAAUGAGCAACUACAGCAAUGAAGAAUGCCGACGACAUGCUGAAACGUAUAAUGGAAGAGGUGGAUCAGAACGGCGAUGGCAAGAUACAAUACAACGGUACGCAAAUCUGCCUCUGACUUUGGAGCUCCAACUCUUCCAGAUAUUGCCUCGGUACCUACGGCCACGAUGUUGAAAGCUUACUUUUGGCUGUUCGCACCCUUUAGAGUUCCGCAAAUUUGUCGAAAAUGCAGAGCGCCAGCUCUUUGCCCUAUUUCGAUCAAUUGAUAAGGAUGGGAAUGGAAAACUGGACAAACUUGAGCUUCAAACAGCUUUCAAGAAUGCCGGACUCACACUAUCGAACCGCCGCCUUACCGAGUUCUUUGAUGAUAUGGACCUCAACAAUGACGGUUAUGUCACAUUUGACGAAUGGCGGUCAGUACUUUAUUUUCAAUUCUAUCUGGGCGCUCCUUUUGUUGUAUUUUUCUAUUGAGAACUCCACUGGCUGUCAGUCGCAUCCCAUCAGAUGCUCAGAGCUCAUGACUGACCCUCAGUCAUUUUGGCGGGGAUAACCCUCAUAACGUCAUGUGCCAAGCCCAACCGCUACCAUCGGCGAUACAUCUGCCACCGGUUUCUCAUAGUCGAGAUGUUGCUUGAGACGUCUCCUUGUCGAUCAUGGAAUUUGCAGCUGAUCAUGAACUCUCAGAAACUUCCUACUAUUUAUGCCGCCCCACGACCACGACUCCCAACUUCACGCCGUACUUGACUUUUACUACUCGGUGGUCAGCGUGACUCCAGAAGGAGACACACUUGUGAGCGAGGAAACAUUAGAGGGUCUAGGUACGGACGGCUUCCGCUCUCUUUUCAUCACCCUUUUCGGCUCUCUUCUACGAGUCGCUUUCCCCUACGAUUUCCCAAGACCUGUACCUCCACCCGGCCGGACAUCGACUUCCGUCAGUCAGCCCAACACCUCAAAUCCGGAUGAGUCCCCGAACGAGACCGAGAACAUGGCUACCGCGGCCGCAGUCUCAUAUCCCGACUACGAUGAUGCAGCUACCGAAAUAUCGCAGGAAAUCGCCGAAACGCUUACACAACACGUCGACGAUGGCACCCAUGGACCUGGACAUGAACACACCACUGGAGCUUCAACAGCAGUGCACAAGAAGUUUAGACUAACACAAUUUGUACCCGAUCCAGGCUACUUUCUAGCAGGUGCCAUCGCCGGUGGAGUGUCGCGUACGGCUACUGCGCCUCUCGAUCGGCUGAAGGUCUAUCUGCUUGUGAAUACGUCCAGUCGUUCCGAGACCGCGGGUGCAGCACUUCGACAAGGCCGUCCUCUCGCUGCUCUCAAAAACGCAGCAAAACCGUUCGGCGAUGCUUUUCGAGAUCUUGUUCGGUCAGGGGGUGUUCGAAGCCUUUUUGCUGGAAACGGCCUCAAUGUCAUCAAAAUCAUGCCUGAGACGGCCAUUAAAUUUGGCUCAUAUGAAGCCGCAAAACGCGCACUUGCCAACUUCGAGGGCCAUGGUGAUCCUAAGCAUCUCAGUUCGUGGUCAAAAUUCGCCUCAGGUGGCUUUGCUGGCAUGAUAGCACAGGCUUCGGUUUACCCCCUCGAUACCCUCAAGUUCCGCCUACAAUGUGAGACUGUCAAGGACGGUCUUCAAGGCGCGGCUUUGGUUCGCCAGACCGCUGUGAAAAUGUAUGCAGAUGGUGGUGUGCGUGCCUGCUAUCGAGGAUUGACCAUGGGACUUGUGGGAAUGUUCCCCUACAGUGCUAUUGACAUGGGCACUUUUGAACUACUAAAAAAGUCUUACAAGUCGUACUAUGCCCGGAAGAACAACGUCCAUGAGGACGAUGUAAAACCCGGAAAUAUUGCCACAGGGAUCAUCGGCGCCACGUCUGGAGCCUUUGGAGCCAGCGUUGUCUAUCCCCUGAACGUGGUGCGAACACGACUUCAAACCCAGGGCACAGCCAUGCAUCCCGCAACAUACACUGGCAUUUGGGACGUAACGAAGAAAACGAUUCAACGAGAAGGAUAUCGGGGCUUAUAUAAGGGCCUCACACCAAACCUUCUGAAGGUUGCUCCCGCCUUGAGUAUCACUUGGGUGAUGUACGAGAAUUCAAAGAGAAUUCUUGGAUUGAGCUAGAAGUCCUAACUAGCUAUGAGAUAAAAGGGCCAAACACAAGAAACUAAGAGGAUCCUCCCCUGUUUCACAAUCAACAUUUACUAUACACACGCCCGCACGCAAAUUUCACAUCAACAUUCUGGAAAGCGAGGAUCUAGCGAUUGGAUGGCAUUGCGUUACGACGGGGGAAUAUUCUGGCGUUGAAGGGAUUGAUAUAUCAGAAGAAAGUAACCAGCAGCCAUUGUCAGAAGACGAGGUGAUGAUACGGCUGGCACUGCAUAUUUCUCAUUUUUUGGAGGUGCUGGGAGUCAGUGGUUAGAACUGGGUGGACAUUUCCUUGUUCAAGAUAGAAGUGGUUACAGGAAGAUGAGGUCUCGUGAUGAAUCCAUCAGUUUCCUUGACUAGGUUUGAAACGAUAAUGAAAGUUACUCUGACUCGCCAUCUAUGAAAUUGUUGAAUUGCGAAAGGCGCCGGGUUAGCUGUGAGAGGCCAUGGAAAAGA